AAAGAUGGAAAGAUAUUAGAACACAUAAAGAUUGUGAACCGCUUAUAUGUACAAAGGCAUAAAACAAAACUACUUCCACCCUCUACCCUUAAAAAUGCAUAUAAAAAGGAUGAGAUCACAAUUGAAAACAGGACAAGAAUUAAAUCCAUGGUUGCAAAAUCCCUAUUAGGGCCAUUUGCAAAUUAAGUGUGUGCUUGAAACAAAGGAUUCUUUGUUUACAUCAAGCAAGAAAAAAAUGGUUCUGGCCACAUUUGUCUCAACCUUACUCCUAGCAGCAUUAGCCUCCAAAAUCAUUGAAUUCAUAAGGUCAUUUUCUUUGCACAAGAACAAGGACCUUCCUCCUGGUCCACCAAGGUGGCCUAUAGUUGGAAACCUCCUCCAAUUAAGUCAACUCCCUCAUAGAGACUUAGCAUCAUUAUGUGAAAAAUAUGGACCUUUAGUCUAUUUAAAACUUGGCAAAAUUGAUGCUAUUACCACUAAUGACCCUGAUAUCAUCCGUGAAAUACUUCUCACCCAAGAUGAUGUUUUUGCCUCACGUCCACGCACUCUUGCUGCUGUUCAUUUAGCAUAUGGGUGUGGUGAUGUUGCAUUAGCCCCUCUAGGACCGCAUUGGAAACGCAUGAGAAGGAUUUGCAUGGAGCAUUUGUUAACAACAAAGAGGCUUGAAUCCUUCUCAAGACAUCGCCAUGAGGAGGCCCAGCACCUUGUCCAGGGAGUUUGGGCUCAGGCCCAGACAGAAAAGCCCAUUAACUUGAGGGAGGUUUUGGGUGCUUUCUCAAUGAACAAUGUCACUAGGAUGUUGUUGGGGAAGCAGUAUUUUGGCUCUGAAUCUGCUGGUCCUCAGGAGGCUAUGGAGUUCAUGCACAUUACACAUGAGUUGUUUUGGUUGUUGGGUGUGAUUUAUUUGGGUGACUAUUUGCCAGUGUGGAGGUGGGUGGAUCCUUAUGGGUGUGAGAAGAAAAUGAGGGAAGUGGAGAAAAGAGUGGAUGACUUUCAUUCUAAAAUUAUUGAAGAGCAUAGGAAAGCAAGGAAAGAUAAGAAGGGGAUAGGGAAAGGAGAUGAAGAGAUGGAUUUUGUGGAUGUUUUACUGUCCUUGCCAGGGGAAGAUGGAAAAGAGCACAUGGAUGAUGUAGAAAUCAAAGCUUUGAUUCAGGAUAUGAUCGCUGCUGCAACAGACACUUCAGCUGUUACCAAUGAAUGGGCAAUGGCAGAAGUAAUCAAACACCCACGCGUUCUCCACAAAAUCCAAGAGGAGCUCGACACCGUAGUUGGCCCCAACAGAAUGGUCAUAGAAUCCGACUUGCCUCACCUCACUUACCUCCGAUGCGUCGUGCGCGAAACAUUCCGCAUGCACCCAGCAGGGCCAUUUCUCAUUCCACACGAAUCUCUUCGAGCCACCACCAUCAACGGCUACCACAUCCCAGCCAAGACACGCGUCUUCAUCAACACGCACGGUUUGGGCCGGAACACGAAGUUAUGGGACAAUGUGGAGGAGUUCAGGCCCGAAAGGCACUUGCCGAGUGAUGGGAGCAGAGUUGAGAUCAGCCAUGGCAGUGACUUCAAGAUUCUGCCUUUCAGUGCUGGGAAGAGGAAGUGUCCUGGCGCACCGCUUGGUGUGAGUUUGGUCUUGAUGGCUUUGGCUAGGCUCUUUCAUUGCUUUGAUUGGGAGCCAAUUAAGGGUUUGAAUCCUCAGGAGAUUGAUACUAGAGAAGUUUAUGGAAUGACUAUGCCUAAGCUUCAUCCCUUGAUUGCAGUUGCUACACCACGUUUAGCAAAGAAUAUGUAUAGUUGAUUUGAUG